AACCGACUACGAACUGACGACUUGCAAAUAGACAAUAGACUGAAAGCUGAUGACUUACAUAUUGACAACCGACUACGAACUGAUGACUCUUACAUUGACAAAAAGAGUACGAUACGAUGACUUACUCGUUGAUAAAUACACUAAAAACCUAUGACUUACACAUUGACAAAUAGACAACGAAUUGAUGACUUACACAUUGACAACCGACUACGAACUGACGACUUGCAAAUAGACAAUAGACUGAAAGCUGAUGACUUACAUAUUGACAACCGACUACGAACUGAUGACUCUUACAUUGACAAAAAGAGUACGAUACGAUGACUUACUCGUUGAUAAAUACACUAAAAACCUAUGACUUACACAUUGACAAAUAGACAACGAAUUGAUGACUUACACAUUGACAACCGACUACGAACUGACGACUCUUGCAUUGACAAAAAGACUAGGAAAUGACAAGUUACACAUUGACAAAUACACUACAACUGAUGACUUAGACAUAUACAUUGACAAAUAGAAAACGAACUGACGACUUACACAUUAUCAAAAAGACAACGAAUAGACAACUUACACGUUGACACAAAGACUACCAACUGACGACUUAGACAUUGACAUAAAAAAUGGACUGACGAUUUACACAUUGACACAAAGACUAAGAACAGCCGACUGAUACAUAGACAAAAAGACAACGAAUUGACGACUAAGACAUUGACAAAAAUACUACGAACUGAAGACUUACACAAUGACACAAAGACUACGAACUGACGACUUACACUUUGAAAACCGACUACGAACUGAAGACUUACGCAUUGAAAAAGAGUACGAACCGACGACUCACACAUUGACAAAAAAAACUACGAACGGACGACUUGCACAUUAACGAAAAUACUCCGAACUAACGACUUAGACAUUGACAUAAAAAAUGGACUGACGAUUUACACAUUGACACAAAGACUACGAACUGUUGACUUACACAUAGACAGAAAGAAAACGAACUGACGACUUACACAUUAACAAAUAGACUACGAACUGACGACUUACAAAUUGACCCAAAGACUAUAAACUGACGACUUUACACAUUUACACAAAAACUGCGAACUGACGACUUGCACACUGACGACUUAAACAUAUCGACACAAAGACUACGAACUGUUGACUUACACCUAGACAAAAAGACAACAAACUGACGACUUACACAUUGACAAAAAUACUCCGAAUUGACGACUUAGACAUUGACAAAAAUACUACGACAUUAAGACUUACACAAUGACAAAUAGACUACGAACUGACUACUUACACAUUGACACAAAGAUUACGGACUGACGACUUACACAUUGAAAACCGACUACGAACUGAAGACUUACACGUUGAGAACAGACUACGAACUGACGACUUACGCAAUGAAAACGACUACAAACUGACGACUCACACAUUGACAAAAAGACAACAAACUGACUACUUACACAUUGACAAAAAUACUCCGAACUGACGACUUAGAAAUUGACAUAAAAACUGGACUGACGAGUUACACAUUGAGAACCGAAAACUGACUACAUAUAAACAAAAAACUACGAACUACUUACAUAUUGACACAAAGACAACGAACUGUUGACUUACACAAUGACAAAUAGACUACGAACUGACGACUUACGCAUUGACACAAAAACUACGAACUGACGACUUACGCAUUAACAAAUACACUACAAAAUGACGACUUACACAUUUACACAAAAACUACAAACUAACGACUUACAUAUUAAAAACUGACUUAUGAACUGACGACUUACACGUUGACAAAAAGACAACGAAUUGACGACUUACACAUUGACAAAAAGACAACGAAUUGACGACUUACACAUAAACAAUACACUGAAAACUGAUGACUUACACAUUGACAACCGACUACGAACUGACGACUCUUGCAUUGACAAAAAGACUACGAUACGAUGACUUACUCGUUGAUAAAUACACUAAAAACUUAUAACUUACACAUUGACAAAUAGACAACGAAUUGAUGACUUACACAUUGACAACCGACUACGAACUGACGACUUUUACAUUGAAAAAAGACUACGAUACGAUGACUUACUCGUUGAUAAAUACACUAAAAACUUAUAACUUACACAUUGACAAAUAGACAACGAAUUGAUGACUUACACAUUGACAACCGACUACGAACUGACGACUUUACACAUUUACACAAAAACUACGAACUGACGACUAAAACAUUAAAACAGUUAAACAUUGAAACAGACGACUUACACAUUGACAAAGAAGACUUACACAUUGACAAAGAAGAGUUACACAUUGGCACAGACGAGUUACACACUGACAGAAAUUAGAUACACAUUGGCACAGAUAGUUACACAAUGAUGUAGACGAGUUACAGAUUGACAACAAAGAGCUAUACAUUGACUUGGACGAGCUACACAUUGACACAAACAAGUCACACAUUGACACAGACGAGUUGUACAUUGACAAAGACGAGCAACAUAUUGACACGGAUGAGAUACACCUUGACACAGACGAGUUUCACAUUGAAACGGAUGAGCUACACAUUGACAUAGACGAGUUACACAUUGAAACAUAUGAGUUAUACAUUGACACAGACGAGUUACACACUGACAGAAAUGAGAUACACAUUGACACAGAUAGUUACACAAUGAUGGAGACGAGUUACAGAUUGACAAAGAAGAGCUAUACAUUGACUCGGACGAGCUACACAUUGACACAAGCAAGUCACACAUUGACACAGACGAGUUGUACAUUGACACAGACGAGCUACACGAUGACACGGAUGAGAUACACCUUGACACAGACAAGUUACACAUUGAAACAGAUGAGCUACACAUUGACACAGACGAGUUACACAUUGAAACAUGAGUCACACAUUGACACAGACGAGUUAAACACUGUCAGAAAUGAGAUAAACAUUGACACAGAUACACAAUUAUGGAGACGAGUUACAGAUUUAAAAAGAAGAGCUACAAAUUGACACAGACGUGCAUUAAUACAUUCUAGAAACUGUUGAUUUAUAUAUUGACACAUCAAUGAACUGACGAUUUAUACAUUGAUACAUCCUACAAACUGGUGAUUUAUACAUUGAUUGAUACAUCCUACAAACUGAUGAUUUACACAUUGAUACAUACUACAAAGUAAUGAUUUACAGAUUGAUACAUACUACAAACUAUUGAUUUACACAUUGAUAAUACUUUAAACUGAUGAUUUACACAUUGAUACAUACUAAAAACUGAUGAUUUACCCAUUGAUACAUACUACAAACUGAUGAUUUACACAUUGAUACAUACCACAAACUGAUGAUUUACACAUUGAUACAUACUACAAACAGAUGAUUUACACAUUGAUACAUACUAAAAACGGAUGAUUUACACAUUGAUACAUACUACAAACUGAUGAUUUACACAUUGAUACAUACUAAAAACGGAUGAUUUACACAUUGAUACAUACUACAAACUGAUGAUUUACACAUUGAUACAUACUACAAACUACUGAUUUACACAUUGAUACAUAAUACAAACAGUGAUUUUAAACUGAUGAUUGCCACAUAUAUCAAGCUGGAGACUUACAGGUAGUAUAGAGAACAUGGUCAAAUAUUUCCAAAUAUUUUUCACACAAUUGGUGUACUGAUGAAGGACUGUAUGACAGGAAAUACAAUACCCAAUCCAGAGUAAUGACUGAAUAAGAGUAUCUUUGAUUAUUUACUAAACUCUGACAUACCGCUCUAGAAAUAUCAAGUAUAAAAGUUAGCUAAAAUGAGUAGCCAAGAUAGGCAUGGACCAAACUUGCCAACAUUGUGAAUCCUAGUUCCAAAACGAACAAUAAACUGAUACAUGACUAUGUGUAAACACCUACGACACUACUGACUUGUACAGUUGACUUAUUCCUUGUAAAUAUGACAGCAACAGACAAAUAAUUAAAAACCAAUGAAAAUAAACAUUAGAGCCAAACUAAGCUGUAGAAAACAUGAUUAAUGACUGAAUAUGAUGGAUGACACAAUACUAAUGAUUUGGUGCCUGGCAUAAUAUGAUUACUGGACACUUAUAUUGAGGAUAGACAGACUUGGUGUGUGACAGGACAAGGGCAUGCAUUUUGACAAGCAAAAAUUGACAUUAUUACUUGCCACAACAUUUUAUCACUGAAAGCUUUUUUGGUUAUGGUUUUGGGGAGGAUUUGUGCUUCGGACACAUCGUAAAAUUACUUUUUUUUAUCUAUAAGCAGUUCCCCCAAAUAAGCACCUCAUCUAGGGCAGAAAAAUCCAGAAAAAGUGCAGCGGCCCCUAUUCAAGCAAUUAUGCUAUGUAGCAAGUGCUAAUGACAUUAUGUCAUAUGACAGAUUUUUGAUUUUGACUUGAAAUGAUGUUAUGUGACACUGAUAUUGAUAUUUUUAAUAAUGACAUGACACUGUUGACAUGUGUGACAAUAACAUUGACAUAUUGAGUGACAUGGCAUGACACUGAUAUUUACUUAAGACAUGAUGUGACAUGACACUGAUAUUGACUUGACUUAACAUGACAUGACUUGUUAAACAUGAUGCAACACUAAUAUAAACUUAAGUGAGAUGGCAUGACACUGAUAAUCACAUAACAUAAUGUGACACUGAAAACUAACUUGACUGACAUAAAAGGUAUGGUAUUGUUUGGACGCUGAUAUUUGACUUAUGUGCAGGGCUUUCAUUAACUUUCAGAGUAGGCGGUGGAGAUUGAUAAGUAGGGGGUGGAAGUUAUAUCUUUUUAGUUCAAGACUUUGAAAAAAAGUAGCCGGCGCUCAGUGGAAAAUAGCCAGCACUUCCGCUGGCCGCCAGGACCUAAUGCAACCCAUGGUUUGAUAUGGCAGAAUGCUGAUAUUGACCCUGGUACAACAUGGCUAGAAAAUGGUAUUUACCCUUGAUUUAAUGAAUCUGAGGACCACUUUUCAGCAUUUCAACUUUAAUGCUUAUAAUAAGUUGCAAAAAGUAAUUGUUUAGUAUUUAGAUCAGUAUUCUACUUGCCAUCAAUGUAGAGAUCAAUUAUUGAUUAUUUAUGAUAUCCAAGUCAAAUAUAAAAAUCAUGGGGCGGAUCCAGGAGUCCAAAAAAAGUGGGAGCAAAGCAAGGGUUUCAUUGUUCUAUGGUGGAUUUCCUUAUAUUUCUUGUUAUCUUUAAGCUCAAUAUCUGUAAAUUUGGCUAAACCCUAGAUCCGCCCUGAUUCAAAUACCUCAGGGCCUUUUAUUGCAGGGGCGUAGCCAGGAAUUUUAACAGUAGGGGCCGAUAUUGAGUCAUUUUCUCCUGUAUUUUAAGUAAUGUCUUGCCUUAUCUUUAUCUUUAAAUAACUUAAUUGCAGCUAGCGAGCUAAUCCGGCAAUGGACAUUUACUGUAUUUUUGGCUGCUGAAAGGGGGGGGGGGGGGUGGCCCCCCUGGGUCCUCCUCCUGGCUACGCCCUGUAUUGUCUUGGCAGGAGCCAAUGGCUUUGGAGGGCUGUGGAGCCCAUUAAAUUUAAUGCAUUCAAUGAUUCCAAGAAAAGAGUUUACCUAUCUUUAAUAUAGAUACCUAUAGACAACUAUAAGUAUCAUUUUAUAUGAAAUGAUAUAUUUGAUUAUUAAGUAACAUUUAUUUAUUUUUAUUAAUAAUAAAUGCAAAUUAGGAUAUGGACAGAGCUAAGAGCAGGACUUCUUAUUUGCAUACAGCUCUUGUUUGGCCAUCAUGCAUCACUUCUAAAAUUAGCAGAAAGAUAAAUUACAUACCCGCCUCCAUUUCGGCAAUCCCUAACGUUAAACACAGGCCAAACACCAUUAUUCUCUCAUUUUCUCUUCUACUUUACUUCGGGCAAUCUCUUUGCAGCCGUCCGCGUUUGCGCAAAGGAGACUACACUACGGCGGCGGGAAUAUUUUGAUCGAGUGACUACAUAAGGGGGCUUCUUUCAAAUGAGCUUCUUGAUGAAAGAUGUCUAAGAGCUAUUGAACUCUCUAAACACCAUACACCAACUUCUCCAUACCUCAUGAGACCCCGGACAUGCCUUGAUGACUAUAUUGAUGUGGUUCUUCUGUGCAACAGGGCAUUUGAUCCAGCAGUUGUUUGCUAUGCUCCUUGCUUAGAGGAAUGGUAUGAAUUCCAGCCAAUUGCUGGAGGUAUCUCAUGGCAGUGUCUGGCCUACUGUAAUGGCUGUGUUUAUGCAGUAAGUGGCAAUGGAUGGAGCGGCUGUAUUAAUCCAGCGUCGCAUGUCCAUUGCUAUGAUCCCUCGACCAACACUUGGGCAGCUAAGGCUCCCCUACUGCACGAUGCAGACGAAUUUGGAAUGGCAGCCAUUGGCAAAUUUAUUUAUGUUGUAGGGGGACAUAAUAGACAUGGUGUCAGGACAGAGCUCCUGCAAAGAUAUGAUACCUGUACUGACACAUGGGAAUUGAUGUCCCCAUUACACCCUGCCAGGUCAGGUACCUGUGUGGUCUCCCACAACAACCAGUUGUAUGUUUUUGGAGGCAGUACUAAUGAUAAAUGUCUCACUAGCUCCAUGAUUUAUGAUCAGUCGUCUGAUUCCUGGUCACAAGUAGCACCCAUGAGUUAUUCUAGAUCAUCAGCUUGUGGUAUCGUUGUCAGUGAGAAAGUUUUUAUCAUUAGUGGACAUAGUGAUGAGGCCUAUGGAACUAAUUCCAUCAAUGAUAUCAAACCAAUAACAGCUUGUGAGGUUUAUGAUAUUAGAACAAAUUCUUGGAGCAGUAUACCUGACAUAACUCUGCAAAGAUCAAAUGCAGGAGUUGUUCACAUAGAUGGUAAGAUUUAUGUUUUUGGUGGGGAUGAUAUGAUAAGCUUUGCUCAACAAGGAGAAUCCAUGGAGUAUUUUGACAUUGAGUCUUGUGAGUGGUCCAGUCCAGUUGAAUUCUCAGACUUGCAUGUCACUAUUUCCAGACCCAGAGCUUGUGCGUUACGCUUGCCAAAAAGCUUUGUCCAAGCUCUUAAUAAUGCAAUAUAAAAACUUUGAAGAACAUGGAUUUGAACUGUGUUUUGAAGCACUUCUUCAAUUCACCCUGAAGUAAAUUGCAGAUGAUGGGAAUCUGGAACUGGCUAUACCAUGCUAAUUAGCCUGACACCUGACAAGGAAUUAAUUACAUAAAGAAGUUACAUGUAAUUUCUAGAAUACCUAAACCUGGAAGUUUCUGUUUCCACAAGUCAAAUGAAUCCUCAAGUCUAUUUUUGUAAAGAAAUGAUCCAUUUUAUUUGGACAUUUUUCCCACAGUGUUUUUGCCUCUAACCCUGUUAGUGGAACUCUCAUGUACUCUCACUAACUCUCAUCUCCAUUUGUUGGGGCUUCACUUAGGGAGGGACCUCAAUAAGAAUAGACGACAGGGGCAUCAUGAUCCUAUCAUUUAGGGCAGGCUGCAUUUUGAUUGUAGAGUUCUACCAACUGCUGUCUUUAAGCGGGUGUUCAAAGAUUGUUCUAAUUUUGCUAUCCCUUAGAGGGUCUCACCCUAAUGGUGUCCUGAAACCCCAAAAACUUAUUCCACAGUACACUACAGGGGCGGAUCCAGACUGCAGGCUCCAGCCAGACCUGGCUCUUUUAUUAAAAUGUAAUUGUUACAAGAGUGGGGUAUUAAAAUUAUAAUAUAUUUAUAUGUUUAUGUUAAUAAUAACCUCCUAUAGUCCUGU